AUGCCAAGCGAAGACGAUUUGUACAUGAGCGCCGACGAAGCAGCUGGAUUGCUCGGUAUUGCUCAUAAAACUCUCUAUGCCUACGUGAGCCGCAAAAACAUCCGCUCGCUAAAGGUUGGCACAUCGCGCAGCCGCCGCUAUUGGGCUGCUGACAUCCACCGACUACUCGUCGAGCAGGGCGCCGCCGCUGCUCCAGCGCCGCCCCCGCAGGUGGCUACCCGCACGAACAUCACUCUGCUGACAGAGCAAGGCCUUUACUAUCGAGGCCACGACGUAGCGGUGCUAGCUGAAAGCUCAAGCGUCGAAAGCGUCGCCCAGAUGAUGUGGCAAGUAGAUGGCGCAUUCGACCAUCCCCUGCCCAAGGUGCCAGCCGGCGCAACUGCAAUUCUCGACGCCAUGGCGCAAACGUCCGCCGUUGAAAAAGCCAUCGCCCUGUUCCCGCUCAUCGAACGCGACAAUCCCCGCGCCCACGACUUGUCGAUGCAGGGCCUAGCCCGCACGGGAGCUGAGGUGAUGCGCUGGUUUGCUGCGCUGAUCGUCGGCGCGAAGUGCCCGGCUGUCGGCCCACUGCCACAGGCAAUAGCACGCGCGCUGGAGCUGGACGAAGCUGGGGAGGACUUGAUUCGGCGAAUUUUGAUUCUCAGCGUCGACCACGAGUUCGACCCUGCCACUUACACCGUCAGAGCCGCCGCCAACGCUGGUGUAACCCCUUACUACUCGACAAUAGCGGGGCUAUCCACAUUCAGGGGGCGGCGUCUGAGCUAUGCCCGCACGGAAAUGAUGGUGCGCAUGCUGGAAGAAAUUUAUGUGGCCGACGAUCCUCGCGAGCCCAUUCUGCUGCGCAACCGGCAGGGUGAGCCAGUCCCCGGAUUCGGCUCAAACCAACACAGCAUUGCUGACCCGCGCGCAAAGAGCCUGCUCAACCAUCUGCGUCGAAUUUAUGCGCACGAUGAAGACUUUCAGCGCCUGCUCAUUGCUGCCGAGACGGUAGAAGAAAUCUCCGGCAAGCCUCUGGACUUCAUUCUCCUGCUGGUUUUUUGCGGCCGUAAAUUGAAUAUGCGCGGACAGGAAAUCGUGCUUGCCGGCCUGGGUCGCAUGGUCGGUUGGCUCGCCCACGCCAGCGAGCAAUAUCACCAGCACGACUUGAUUCGCCACCACGCUGUGUACACCGGCCCCCUUCCCGGCCCCGCG